AUGAACCAAAAGGAAUUAGAUGAAGAACAUACCUAUCUUUUAUCUGUAGUUCAAGCUUUUCAAUUAUAUGAAGAGUUUGGUAAACAAUGGGUUGUUUACCAAUUAUCAAUGUUUAAAAGUCUCAAAGAAGAAGAUAAAAAAUUAUUACCGAAUUACCAUCAGAAAUGGAAUUUAAUAUUAUGUGGAUUACAUGCAAAUCAAAUGAUUUUUGAUGCAAUUAUCAGAAAUCAAGAAGAUAUAAUCACUCAUUUACAUUUUCCUAUUCUUUCUGAAGAACAAAAACAUAAUUUAAUUCUUUCUAUAAGUGACAAUGAACGAAAUGAACUUUGUCAAAAAUUAGAUAAAGUUCGUUCAAUGUUAACUCAUUUAUAUAGAGACUGGAGUAUUGAAGGAAUAAAUGAAAGAAAACUCUGUUAUGAACCAAUUCUUCAUAGACUAAAAGAAUUAUAUCAAGAC